AUGUCACAGGCUCCUAUUAUAGAAGAACUGAAUGAUCCUCUCAUUAGCAAUGCCAUUUCUAUAUGGGAGAAGGGGGUGUUUAAGGAGCGCGAUGGCUCAAUGUCAGAUGCCAUCAAAUAUUAUAGAGAAGCAUUAAAAAUGUAUGACCAAGUCGAAAAGGUAUACAAGAAGAAAUUACAUACAGAAUGGUUAUUAUAUCAGAAGCUAGAAAAAUUAAACCUCAAUGAAGACGAUAAAAUGAAUUCGACUGGUGAUUCAACCAACAAUGAAGAUGAGGAUGAAAGUUUGCUCCCAUGUUGGAUCUUUGAAAUGCUUCCUAACGACAUAUUGUUAAGGAUCGUUAGUCACGUUGUAAGAUUAUCUGGUGAAUCGUGGGUCAAUCUAUCCCUCUCGUGUACCAGAUUUAACGACCUUUGUUUUCAUAAUUCCGUACCCUAUAAAACAUUUAAAGAUGUAAUUUACCCAAAGCAAGUCUAUGAUGAUGUACUUCAAACAUUGAACGGUGAAAAUAGCAUAAAGAACCUAGAACAAAUUCUUUGGGAUAAAAAUUAUGAAUUAAUGAUUAAGCAACGACCCUAUAUUAAAUUCGAAGGUGUCUAUAUUAGUGUUGUAAAUUAUCUGAGAUAUGGUUCCAAUGUUGAUGGCUCUUCAUCAUUAAGAAAUCCGGUGCAUAUGAUAACAUACUAUAGAUAUUACAGAUUUUAUGAGGAUGGAAAGGUACUAAGGUUGUUAACAACAGAUGAACCUACAUUUGUAGUAAAAUAUUUUACUAGGGAAAAUCAUAUAAAAUCAAGUCAUUUGUGUUCUUGGAAGUUAUAUUUCGAUGGUGAGACUAAUUAUGUAACAAUAUCCAGAUCUAAUGAUAAAUAUGCAUUUGAAGAAAAACUGAUUAUUAGAAAUCAAGGGCAUAAAAGAUUCCAAAGAUUAAAAUGGAUGGAAUCAACUGUUGAAGAUAAAGAAGGCAACGUUUCGAAUUGUUCUUUAAAAAAUGAAAAACCAUUUUUCUUUUCAAGGGUAAUAUCUUAUGCCCAUGAGGUUGCCGCAAACCCAAUAACAACUAAAUAA